AUGGACUCCACGACGCCAUCGACAAACCCUAAAAACACCAAAAAUGUGUUGCACAUCGGAGGCAUCCAAGUUCAAUUCCCGUACCAACCCUACGGUUCUCAGCUGGCAUUCAUGGGUAGAGUCAUCUCAACACUUGAUCGAGCGGAGAGAGAUGGUCACUGUCACGCAUUGCUCGAGUCACCCACCGGUACCGGAAAGUCGCUCUCGCUUCUCUGCUCCGCUCUUGCCUGGCAACAGAACCACCGUUCCAAGAAGCUUUACGCCAACCUUUCUCACUCGAAGCCUGCUCCCGAAGCCUUUACCGAUCCUCUUGCUCACGGCGGCGGUUUUGUUCCUGAAAUGGAGCCUUCAGGAAAUCCAGAACCAGGUCCUCCGCCUAUGGCCAACACCAAGGAUCAGAAGAAAAAAACAACACCCACUAUCUUUUACGCGUCUAAGUUGCUUCUGAAGGAUCGAGAAGUAGGAUGCUCAGAAUUCAAAAAUGUGAAUAAGGUCAAGGGUCAUCCUUCUCUUCAGAAAGGAGGUUGCCAUGAGGCCCAUGAUAUUGAAGAUCUGGUGAAAGUUGGACAAGUUGUGCGAGGUUGUUCGUAUUUUGCAGCACGUUCGAUGGCAGAAGAUGCUCUAUUAGUUUUCUGCCCAUACAACUAUAUCAUUAGUCCAGUCAUCCGGAGAGCAAUGGAAGUAGACAUUAAAGGGGCCAUUGUCAUUCUUGAUGAAGCCCACAAUAUAGAGGACAUUGCUCGUGAUGCUGGUAGUGUGCAUGUUGAAGAAGAGGUUUUGUAUCGUAAGUGA